CCAUAUUGCUGCUAGUGCUGGAGUUAAGGUUGUAAUCCUGAGAGGCCCUCGGACACGUUUCUUUAUUUUUAUACAUGUUUUAAUCCAACGCUGACUGCUCUGCGUCUUAGACUGAAGCGUUUUGGUCUAGGAGCGACAGAGGAGCGGCAGACUCCGCGGAACAACUUCACAUUUCCUUGAAAUUGAAGGCGAAUUCGGGCCGGGGGGAGGACUGGUAAUCCUGAGGGGGGAAGAAAGACGGUGGUGGGAAAUGGCCACUCAGGUGGAGACUCUCCUGCCCAGCAACCCGCUUGCCAAAGCGGAGGAGCACGGUAAAGUGAUCCGCGGUGAGCCGGAGGAAGAGGAGGGCGGCCGGGGAGACGGGGCCAAGCGGCAGACGGGUGUAGCCGACCAGGGGAGCAGCAGCGGCGGCAGCAGCCCCGGGCAGGGAGGGACCCCCGGUACGGAGGAGCAAGCCCCCACACAGGCGACAGAGGAGGGCAAAGGGGGUUGUGACAGCGACGACAAGCAAAACGUGGAGGGUGGUAAAAGCUGCAACAGAAAGGAGUUUACUGAAGCUCCCCCGCCCAAGGUGAACCCGUGGACUAGGAAAAUGAAUGCGGUGACCGUGGUCAGCGUGAAUGGACAAGCACACCACGAGUCUACUGGUCCCGCCAAGGUGGUGAGAGCAGGGAACCCCCCCAAAGCCAGACGUGGAGGAAAGGUCGGAGAUUUCGGCGACGCCAACAGCUGGCCAACUCCUGGGGAGAUCGCAACUAAAGACAUGCAGAUUGAGGCGGUGACACGGACCGUGUCCUGCCCGCCGACUGUCAGGCAGGUCAGAGACUCAUGGAGAUUCACUGGUCCUAAGAAGACGACGACGAUGACCAAGAAGGAGUCGAAGGAGAAGAGGGAGAUCAUCGAGGAGAGCAAGGAGAACCUGAAGGCCAAGUCAGACGACUCCGGAGAGGAGAAGAACGGUGACGACGACUCCCAGAAGAACGGACCAAAGAAGAAAGGAAACAAGCAGAAGUGGGUUCCCCUGAUGAUCGAGGUGAAGUCCGAGGGUCCCAGGGAGCGCUCGGCCUCCAGGAACAACAGCAGGCAGAACGAAAACCCCCGCCUGCCUCCCAACGCCAGGAACGACCUCAGAGACUGGCACAGUCAAAAGUACGAGCGGGAGUGGCGCGACGACCACGAUGAGGUGUCCAGCGUGAAGAGCGAAGGGGCGCCGUUCCGCGGAGGGUUCAGAGGUCGCGGGCGUGGAAGAGGAAGAGGCAGGGGGCGAGGCAGAGGUGCUUCAAGAGGCCACUAUGACUACCAGUACAGCUACAAGUCCUACGACAUGAAAGAUGGACCCUACGGCCAGAAGUUCAGCAACACGGUGACCUACUACUACGACAACAUGAGCAGCAACGACCUUUACUCUGUCGAUCAGGACCUGCUGAAGGACUACAUCAAACGGCAGAUUGAGUACUACUUCAGCCUGGACAACCUGGAGCGUGACUUCUUCCUGCGGAGGAAGAUGGAUCAGGAGGGCUUCCUGCCCAUCGGACUCGUUGCCAGUUUCCACAGAGUGCAGGCCCUCACCACCGACGUCAACCUCAUUCUGGAGGCUUUGAAGGACAGUAAGGAAGUGGAAGUGAUUGACAUGAAGAUCCGUCGGAAGGUGGACCCAGAGAAGUGGCCUCUGCCGGGCCUGACCAUGCCCAACCAAACCCACACCGACUUCUCUCAGCUCAUCAACUGCCCAGAGUUUGUCCCAAGACAGCUGACCGAGGAGCCCAGAGGGUCUCCCAGGGGCUCCACACCGGUGAAGCAGAAGAUGAAAACUGAAUCAGACUCCUCCAACCUCAAGACGAUGCCCAAGGGCCUCUCCGCCAGCCUCCCCGACCUGGACUCUGAGUCCUGGAUUGAGGUCAAGAAGAGGCCCAGACCCUCCCCGGCCAGACCUAAGGUCAGCACAGAGAAGGCCCCCUCGUUGCAGCAGCAGAAGGAAAGAGAGGACUCGAUUCGCUCCCCGGUGUCCCAGCCCGGCCUCUCGCCCUCCCCUGCUACUACGGGAAAUAAGGACGGAGCGGAGCAGGACGAACCGGAGGAGCUCGACUUCAUGUUCGACGAGGAGAUGGAGCAGAUGGACGGCCGACGCAACACCUUCACCGACUGGUCGGACGAGGAGACGGACGGCGAGAUCGACGACCACGACGUCAACAAGAUCUUGAUUGUGACGCAGACGCCGCCCUACCUGAGGAAGCACCCGGGGGGCGACCGCACGGGACACCACACGUCGCGCGCCAAGCUGACCAGCGAGCUGGUCAAAGUGAUCAACGACGGGCUCUUCUACUACGAGCAGGACCUGUGGGACGACACGUACGAGCCCGAGUACGCCACCAUCAAGCAAGAGGUGGAGAACUUCAAGAAGGUCCACCUGAUCAGCCGCGAACAGUUCGACUGCCUGACCCCUGAACCCCCUGUCGACCCCAACCAGGAAGUCCCUCCAGGCCCCCCUCGACCCCAGCAGAUCCCCACAGACGCUUUGGCAAACAAACUCUUCGGUGCCCCCGAGCCCUCCUCAAUAGCUCGCUCGCUCCCCACUACCGUGCCUGACUCGCCCAACUACCGCAGUGCCCGGACGCCUCGCACACCUCGCACGCCUCACAGGAAGGACCAGACCAUGACGCCGCGCUUCUACCCAGUGGUGAAGGAAAGUCGGCCUGUAGAUGCCAAGACGCCCAGGAAGAGGAAGACCCGACACAGCUCCAACCCACCCAUGGAGUGUCACGUCGGCUGGGUGAUGGACUCCAGAGAGCACCGCUCCCGUACUGCGUCCGUCAGCUCCAACGCCAGCCCGUCAGAGGGCACCCCUGUCCUGGGUAACAUUGGCUGCACACCUCAGUCCCUCCCCAAGUUCCAGCACCCAUCACACGAGCUGCUCAAGGAGAACGGCUUCACGCAACACGUUUACCACAAGUACCGCCGGCGCUGCCUAAACGAGAGAAAGCGGCUGGGAAUCGGCCAAUCACAGGAGAUGAACACACUCUUCCGCUUCUGGUCAUUUUUCCUGCGAGAUCACUUCAACAGGAAGAUGUACGAGGAGUUCAGACAGCUGGUGGUCGAGGACGGGAAAGAAGGAUACAGGUACGGGUUGGAGUGCCUGUUCAGAUACUACAGCUACGGUCUAGAGAGGAAGUUCAGGCCAGACAUCUUCAAGGACUUCCAGGAGGAGACCAUGAAAGACUACGAGGCUGGCCAGCUUUAUGGACUGGAGAAGUUCUGGGCCUUCCUCAAAUACUCCAAAGCCAAGAACUUGGAGAUCGACCCCAAGCUGCAGGAGUACCUGAGCAAGUUUAAACGUCUGGAGGAUUUCAGAAUUGAUCCGCCUAUGGAGGAAGGAGGCCGCAGAAGACACUCGUCCAGCGGGGACGGUCGCCGCCGGCACCCCUCUCUGCCCUCCAGCCGGCCCCACAGCCAGGCCGGCUCAGGCCCCAGCCCCGCCCCCACCGCCCAGGGCCCCGCAGCCAAGGAUGAUGCCAAACCCACCAGCCAGAAAACCCCCGCCCCCGCCGCUGACCCCGCACCGGAUGCCAAGACACUGAAGUAACUCCACAAACACGCCGGCCAACAUGGAUCAACUCAACCACGUCUGCAAGUCGCUGGUUCUCUCUGCGCCACAGGAGGGGGAAGGAGGGCGUCCAGCUCUUCAUUCAAGCAUGGCAAUAUAUAUAUUUUUUUCCCUACGACAACUUUUCGUUUGAGAAAUAAGGACGACAGAUAAUUGAUAUGGUUUAUUAAUUAGUUUUAAGUUUUUGAGAGGAAAAAAAAGACUUUUUUUUGUCUUAAUGAGGCAAGAAAUGGAUGAGGUGUCAAACACUUUUUCUUUCACCAAUCAUUGCCGGUCCACACGGUGGACGGCUCAGUGAUGAGUUAUUCUCCUGGAAUUUUUUUUUUUUUUUUUUUAAACACAGUUUCAUGUUGACCCCCCUCACUGUCGCUGGGACCCCUCUUUGAUCGUCACUGUCUUGCUGGCUGAAAAGACAUUUGAUUCCUCACCCAGAUCUCAGAUUUAUGAUUAUUAUUUCUUCGGCAUGUGGUGAGACUGAAGACUUGGAAAUAGUUUGAACAACACUGAGCAUCUAGAGGAGGCCGCGCUGCUCCUGCAUCCAACCGGACCAAAGUGGUUUGAACCGAGCGACUGACGUUUUCCAUCCGCAGAGCCCCCAGUGCUCUCUGUUGAGGGGCUGAAAAUUCAAAAUAUUUGAUUUACUUCAUGGCUGGACAUUGAGGGGAAAAUAUGAACGAGCCAAAUGCUAAAAAAUAGAGGAAAAAAAAAGACUUGUACCGACCCCUCAGUGUGGACACGAUCAUUGAAAGUUGCCUUAUUUUAAUGGUUUUACUGCUUCUAACUUGUGCCCGCCACCUUAUUGUCGAUUGUACAGCAUCAAAAUCACCCAUAUAUCCGGUCACCAUUUCCAGCAGAGGCCACCAGGUGGUGCUCUGUUCUCCACGUCCCCCCCUCCUCACUCCCCUCCCCUCCGUCACCUUUUCUGAACUGUCUUCCAAGUGUCACUCGGUCUGUUACAAGUCCUGUAUUUCUUCCCUGUGUUUGCAAGUCGUGGCUUUUUGUGCUGAAACACGUCGACCCGGUGGAAGUUUGUCCCCCUCUGCCCCCGCCCCCCCUAAAAGAAAACAAAUUAAAAAAACACUUCAGUGGGGUGGAGACUCAGGGAGGGAUGACCUCCCUUUGCGCCUUCACCGUCAGACGAGCUGCAUCCAUCCGUUCAUCCAUCCGUUCGGCAUCCAUCCAUCGGUUGAUGAUAGCGACGAUCAGGACUGGAAUCAUCGAUCCGGAUUACUUGAAGAAGCGAUGGUUUUGAGGAGGGCCGUCGCCCUCUGUCGCAGGUGCUCUGGGUGGAGACGCUCAUGAGGCCCAGACAUUUGGCCUCCGACUUCACUGCUAAACUGAAGUCCGCUCGUCCCAGGCUUGAUCGGGCCUCGGGCGCUCGCCACCUCUUCCUGUUUUCACACACACACACACACACACACACACACACACACACACACACAUCAGUUACAGGCACGAACCCUGACGCAGGUACAGAUGUAGCAGCGUGAGCAAGCUGAAUACAAAACACACACACACACACACAGCUCGAUGUCUUGCCUCGCUGUGGAGAAAAAUUAAAGACGGGAUUGUUCGUUGACACUCUGCUCAGUCGCCACACUUCCUGCGGUCACCUGUGUGGAUCAUCUUCAUCCGACUGGAGUACUGAUGAUAUCAUAUAGACGAGUGAUUCCCUUUUUCCUCCACUAAUGUAAAUGUGAAUUUGACAGAAGAAGAGACAUGAUCACAGCUCCCUGCUACUUGUUUGUGUUUAUAGAACAGAUUAUAUAUUUGCCUUACACGUGUAUGUACGCUAACUUUUUUUUUUUUUUAAAUGGUCUCAUGAUUAUCUUUUAAUGCUUUUUAAUUUCAUUUUGCAGUGUGUCAGCGUUGUUACGAUGGAGGUGGAUGGAGGUUUGUGUCAGGCUGUUAAAACAUCUGUGGAUUUCAGAAACGGGAACACGAUUCACAACACAAAAGGGAAAGUUGACAUCAGGGCGUCAACGGAUAUUCAGUGCAAAAACUAAAUCUGUUCAGCUUAUAGUAUUUCAUGUUGAAAUCAGUUAAUUUGCUCUUUUAUUCUUUUAGCAAAGAUGUUUUUGCCAAGAUGACAGAGCAGCAUUUGUUAACAAGACUCAAACUAGGUGUUAAAUCGUCAGCCUUCAGGUUUCUGCAAACACGAUGUCUGCAAAGUCUAAAAAUGCUUAAAAAUGAUUUGAUUUUGAGGUUCAAAUUGAACAAGAAGUUCUAAAAUUCUGGAAAAAAAACUUGAGUCUUAAUACACAUGUUUUUGCUCCUGAGUGAUGAUUCAAAGAGUCAAAUAAUUUAGAGGAAUUAGAAGAAGAAGCCUGACAUUUUUUUGGAUGAAACUGUUUUGGACACUUGUCUUUUUUCUUUUUAAAGUCUUGGCCCUUUUCUUUAAUAAUCCUUCAGCCGUUUGGUUGAUGUUCCAGCAGAUUGGGGUUGGAUUUCACUUUGUCCUGUGAGUGUUUCUGUUCUUCACUUUCUUCCUCCAAAUCCACAAUUGUUGGAAAAUGCAAAGCAAAGCUGUACUUUUUUUUUUUUUUUUUCCCCCGUUUGUUGGUUCAUCUUCAGGGAGAUUUGGAUCAGUUUCAGAGGCUUACAGUUGAUGCAUCAAAGUGUUUACUGGAGGUUUAAAGACAGAAAAAUAAGAGCUAGAGAAUAUUCAGACAAGAAAAACUCAUGCAUUUCCCAAAACCAGCGAAGCCUUUUAAUGGGUGAGCUGGUGCGUGUGGCUGAAGACAUGGCAGACUGCCACUAGAGGGCAUUCUUCCUGGGACAGUCACAUGAACCCUCCUUCUAAUGUGAUCAUCACCUGUCACUGGACAUUUGGGAGGGUUUCAGGUGUUUUGGGAGUUUUCAGCCUUCUCUAUCCGCAUAGAACUGCUGCUAGCUGUCCAAACAAACUACAGGGGGCGCCGCACCCUCCGCUCGUCAGUUUUACACGGACUUGGCCAGCCGGCCGGACACUGGAGAGAUGAGUGAUGGACGUGGAAAUGGAGGGAGGAGCAGAAAAUGAGAAAAGAAAGCGAGAAACCCCAGCUGGGGUUUGUGAAGUCGCUCAGAGGAUUAUCGCUGGUUAUGAUGUCUGGAGACUGAAAAAAAAGGACAAAAUUCCAUAAAGCCAUAUGAAUAAGAUAUAACUGUAUAUGAACCAUUAAAAUAGUUCAUUACAUUACAAUAUCCUAGGCUUGUCAUGAGGAAAAAAAGAUGAAAACAAGGAAAAAAGGAACAAAAAAAUAUAUAAAAUGGAAAAAUGUAAAAUACUUGAAUGAGAUCUUGUAUUAUAACAUUUAAUAUUCAUAAUAUCUGCUUUGUAGGCUGAUGUGAUUCGCUAUUAGUGUUAUUUGUAAUUUGUAGUAAUUAUGCUUUUCCUUAAUAAAGAAAAAAAACACAAAACGGACAA